ACACUGAACUCUCAUUUCACGGUAAAACGAACAAUCGUAACUCUUUUGCUUUCGUUUUCAACAACAAUAAUGUAUAUCUCUUGAAGAAAAGCCAAUCAAGGAAAACAUAUGCCUCGAGCACUACCUAGUGGUCUUUAUAUAAAGUGCAAAGAAAAAAAACAUACAUGACACUAUUUCUUAAUAACUUAACAGCUUUAACUAAAAAUAUACACAAGCUUAACAGAAAUUAUUCUCAUAAGAGUGUUUUCCAACAUGAUGGAAAUAUUAAAGUAUUUAGUGAGUAGAGACAGGGAUGUUUGCAGCAGUAUUUAUUCAAAUAAACAAGAUAAUCGAACAGUCAAGGGAGCACAUAAAUGUAACUUAAACUGCUUUGCAUUUACACAAAGACAAUAAACAACAAUGAUCUGAUUAAAGUGAGGAGUAUAAGGGUGACGUUUAACUAAACAAGACACAGGUGAAGAACCAAAUCAGUAACUAUGGAAGCAACUAAGAACACACUAGAACCCAUGGAAACCAAUGAAACAGGAAGUAAACACAGGAAACAGGAAUUCACAUACACCAGAAAAAAAAAACUUCAAAAUGAAAGUCUCAGAACAGAAAUAAUCAAACAUAACCAUAAUAAUAAGAGAGUGUGAAUUACAUUCACUUGUGUUUAACUUCAAUGCACAGACUGGACCCUCCAGGAUUCAGCUGUGUGUCCAUGAAGAAUGAUCGGUCAAUGGAUCCUCCACCCAAGCUUAGUGGAAACACUGAUCAUGGGUUUAGCAGUGACCAUCAACAUGCUGAAGCCCAAAGACAUUUAGAUCGAAUUUGAGGAAGAAGUUUCAGUGUCUGUAUGAGGGAACAGCAAAACAUGGAAACCCAACACUGCUGAAUGAGAUCUACACCGAACUCUACAUCACAGAGAGUGAUUGUGGAGAGAUCAAUAAUGAGCAUGAGGUGAGACAGAUUGAGACUCAAUCCAGCAGAGCAGCAAAAGAGGACACACCGAUCAAAUGCACUGACAUCUUCAGACCUUUACCUGGACAAGACAAACCCAUCAGAACUGUCCUGACAAAGGGAGUUGCUGGCAUUGGAAAAACAGUCUCUGUACAGAAUGGGCUGAAGGGAAAGAGAAUCAGGACAUCCAGCUCAUAUUUCCACUUCCUUUCAGAGAGCUAAACCUAAUGAAGGAUGAAAAACUCAGACUUUCAGAACUUCUUAAUGUCCUUUUCCCUGAAGCAAAAGAAAUGAAACCAUUCAGUGGUGAAUAUAAAGUUGUCUUUGUUUUUGAUGAUCUGGAUGAGUGUCGCCUGUCUCUGGACUUCAGUGUGAAAUUGUGUAAUAUUUCUGAAUCAACCUCAGUGGACGUGCUGCUGACGAACCUUGUUGCAGGGAAUCUGCUCCCCUCUGCUCUCAUCUGGAUCACCUCCAGACCCGCAGCAGCUGAUCUCAUCCCGUCUGAGUGUGUCCAUCGAGUGACAGAGGUACGAGGCUUCAAUGAGCCACAGAAGGAGGAAUACUUCAGGAAGAGAAUCGGGGAUCAGAGUCUGGCCGAUAAAAUCAUCACACACCUAAAGUCUUCAAGGAGCCUCUUCAUCAUGUGUCAUAUCCCAGUGUUCUGCUGGAUCUCAGCCACUGUUCUAGAGAAGAUGUUGAGUAAAGCUGAGAAUGGAGAGAUCCCCAAGACUCUCACUCAAAUGUACACACACUUCCUGAUCAUUCAGUCCAACAUCAAACUUGAGAAGGACUAUGAGAAGAAAGUGAAAGAUGAAGACAUGAUCCUCAAACUGGGGAAACUGGCAUUCCAGCAGCUUGUGAAAAGAAACCUGAUCUUCUAUGAGGAAGACCUGAACGAGUGUGGCAUUGAUGAGACAGAAGCAUCAGUGUACUCAGGAUUGUGCACUCAGAUCUUCAGACAGGAGUUGGGCUUGUAUCAGGGGAAAGUCUUCUGCUUUGUUCAUCUGAGCAUUCAGGAGCAUCUGGCAGCUCUUCAUACAAUGAAGAGAAAACAAUUGAAUAUAUUAAAACCAGAAUAAGAAUGAAUCCCUCACCAGAGAAAUCGAUCAGUCUGUUCCACUCUUUAAAUGAACUGGGUGAUCAUUCUCUAGUAAAUGAAAUCCAGGAAUAUCUCAGAUCUGGAGGUCUUUCAAGCACCAGAUUGUCCUCGUCACAGUGGUCAGCAGUUGUCUUUGUUUUAUUAACUUCCGAGUGUUUGGAUGAGUUUCAUUUGUGUAAAUACAUAAGCAGAAGAAAAAGCCAAAACCAAAUGUCCGCAGAUGAAGUACUUCAGAAGCUCCUGCCUGUAGUUGAAGUCUCCAGAUCAGCUCAGUUGAGUGAUUGUAAUAUCACAGAUGAAGGUUGUGCUGCUCUGACUUCAGCUCUGAGAUCAAAAUCACACCUCAGAGAACUGGAUCUAACUGUGAACAAAAUAGGAGGUCGAGGUCUGAGGCUGCUCUCUGAUGGACUGAAGGAUCCUCAUUGUAAACUGGAGAAACUGAGGUUGAGAUGUUGUGGUGUCGCAGAUGUAGGUUGUGCUGCUUUGGCUUCAGCUCUGAGAUCAAACUCACACCUCAGAGAACUGGAUCUGACUGAUAAUAAAAUAGGAAAUGAAUGUCUGACGCUGCUCUCUGCUGGACUGAAGGAUCCUCACUGUAAUCUGGAGAUACUGAGGUUGUAUAGUUGUGAUAUCACAGAUGAAGGUUGUGCUGCUCUGGCUUCAGCUCUGAGAUCAAACUCACACCUCAGAGAACUGGAUCUGACUUUGAAUAGCAUAGGAAAUGGAGGUCUGAUGCUGCUUUCUGAUGGACUGAAGGAUCCUAACUGUAAAUUGGAGAAACUGAUGUUGAGAGAUUGUGAGAUCACAGAUGAAGGUUGUGUUGCUCUAACUUCAGCUCUGAGAUCAAACUCACACCUCAGAAAACUGGAUCUGUCUCAGAAUAAAAUAGGAGAUAAAGGUCUGACGCUGCUCUCUGAUGGACUGAAGGAUCCGCACUGUAAACUGGAGAAACUCACGUUGCGGAGUUGUGAUAUCACAGCUGAAUGUUGUGCUGCUCUUACUUCAGCUCUGAGAUCAAACUCACACCUCAGAGAACUGAAUCUGACAUGGAAUAAAAUAGGAGGUGGAGGUCUGACGCUGCUCUCUGAUGGACUGAAGGAUCCUCAAUGUAAACUGGAUAAACUGAUGUUGAGACGUUGUGUUUUGCUGCUCUGACUUCAGCUCUGAGAUCAAACUCCUCACAACUUAGAGAACUGGAUCUGACUGGGAAUAAACUGCAAGACUCAGGAGUGAAUCUGCUCUCUUCUGGACUGAAGGAUCCUGACUGUAAACUGGAGAAACUGAUGUAAGACAUCAUACAAUAAUCUUAAUUGAAACAAUCAAAUUAUUUUAAAUGAUUAUUCUCCUUAUGUUGUUCAAAUCAUAGUGAUUUACAUUAACUUGAGGUUAUACUGCAACCUUGGUUCUCUGAGUGAGAGACUAUCUCUCCACCAGAAUACAUAUGUAUGGAACUAUGACUCCACUCAUGGCAUGUGAUGUGGAUUCUCUGUAAGACACUAAUUAAACUCAUCAUGCACUAUAAAAGGGAUGAUGAAAGCGCAUUACUUCUUGUAAAUAAAUGUGUCUCUGAGUGACGGUGAGGUGGAGAGGUAGUCUCUCACCCAGAGAAUCAAAGUUAAAAAUGUAACCCUACGUUCUCUAUCGUAUCGAGACUAUCUCUCCACCAGAAUACAUAUGUAUGGGAACAGGCACGUGCACAGGUAGGGCUCAACCUGUGCAGUGCACAUGCCCUUUUUGUCCUUACACUCCGAAGUGCCCUUUUUUUGGAGGUGUUUUAUUUUAUUUAUUUAUUUUCUUCAAUAAAUCAAUGAUAUCGGUCACCCUUCAUGUCUGUCUGUCUGAUUUGUAAAUAUAUUUAGCCUAAUAAAGGUAUUAAAAAGAGCUUGUGACAAAAUGGUUUUGGUUCCGCUCAAACUGUCAGUCAAACCUCUUAACUCCGCCCCCUGAGUGCAGCGAACUGAAGUUCCACAGCGGAGCAGCUGAAUGUCUUGCAAUGGUAAAUAAAUAUCUUGUUUUUUGAAUAAGUACAACGUUGUCUUUACGAAAGAAACACUAGUAUGUCUAUAAAGUUUCAUAUUUUAUGCAUUUGCCAUCUAAGUUAGUCAUAGCCAA